UCGUGAAAAUGUUUGGUCUUUAUGCACUCGUGCUGAAAACUCCGAAAUGUGUCACAUUCGAUUUAGUGAAUCAUCGAAACUUUAACUAAUGUUACCACAUCGUAAUUUUGCUGUGAUAAGAGAUGGUUAUAAAAAUGGAAAGGCGGAUACGCCUUAAAACUCUCAAUCCACACAUUACAUGUAAGAUAUGUAAAGGAUACUUAAUUGAUGCCACUACAGUGAUUGAAUGCCUACACACAUUUUGUAAAAGUUGCCUAGUUAAGCAUCUUGAAGACAACAAUACAUGUCCUACUUGUGAAAUAGUAAUCCAUCAAAGUCACCCGUUGCAAUAUAUAAGCUAUGACCGAACAAUGCAAGAUAUAGUGUACAAAUUAGUCCCAAAUCUACAACAAAAUGAAGUGAAACGUGAGAGAGACUUUUACAAACGAAGAGGGAUGCCUUAUCCUAAAAUACUGCCUAAUAAUUGUAUCGAAAAAGAACCUGGCUCUCAGUCAUCUUCUUCGAAAGUGGAGGACUCAGACUAUCACAGGUCUGAUGAACAAGUGAAUAUACUGCUUGAAGCACAAACUACUGCUUUGAAGCAAAUGAGAAGGAAAUUUAUACGAUGCUCUGCUCAAGUUACUGUGACUCAUUUGAAAAAGUUUAUUGCGAAGAAAGUUUUUAACAAUAUGGAUAAAUAUCGUGAGGUUGACAUUUUGUGCAAUGAAGAAAUAUUAGGCAAGGAUCAUACAUUGAAAUUCGUUUGUGUAACUCGAUGGAGGUUUAAGGAUCCACCUCUGAAGCUGUACUACAGACCAAAAUUGGAUUUAACAUGA